UUUUGAACAGAGCAAGCAAACAACACCACAAUCUUAUCACAGACGACGCGGUUAAAAUUGAAGUCAUCAAAUACAGUCGUUUCAUUUUCAAGAGAUAUGAGUCUUUCAUUGAGAACUGACUUUGGUAUGGAUAAGGGAAGACGAAAGAAGCGCCGGGAGCUGACGGAAGAACAAAAACAAGAAAUCAAAGAAGCUUUUGAUUUAUUUGAUACCGACAAGGAUCGAGCGAUUGAUUAUCAUGAACUCAAGGUGGCAAUGAGGGCACUAGGUUUUGAUGUCAAGAAAGCCGAUGUUCUGAAAGUAUUACGAGACUACGACAAAGACAACAGCGGAAAAAUAUUCUUUGAUGACUUCAAUGAAGUCAUGACAGACUGGAUGUUAGACCGAGACCCACACGAGGAAAUCAUCAAAGCCUUCCGCUUAUUUGACGACGAUGACUCAGGUAAAAUCAGCCUUCGUAACCUCAGGCGUGUAGCGAGAGAGCUUGGGGAAAACAUGACAGAGGAAGAGCUACGAGCGAUGAUUGAUGAGUUUGAUAAGGACGGGGAUGGUGAGAUCAAUGAAGAUGAGUUUGUAGCCAUUAUGACUGGAGACACAUGAGGCUGGUGUUCCUUCACCUUGUACAUAGAAAUCGGACCAACACAACAAGUUUAGUGUUUUUUUUUACAAUUUGAUAUUUACAAUUUGUACAAAUGGGUUGGUAGACUUCAACCAAAACCAUGGUGUUUGCGUGUAAACACAACCAACAUUCAGAUCUAUGUACAGGGCAAACUCUACACGAAUAAACUUUGAGGGCGCUGUGACUUGUGUUAUUUCCCCCACUGACCUUUUGGGGAAGAGAAUUACAAACGUACAGUUUGCGAUGUGUAUAGAUCUCUGAACUUUGGUUGUGUGUGUGCGUGCAAUCACCAUGGUCUUUGAACCAAGACUAAUGGGUGGCGUCUAUGGGAGGGGCAGUUUUUAAUUAGUUCCCACACAAGGGUUAUCACUCAAGGUCUGUACUCAAAGAUAGAAUAAGGAAAUCUACUCUAUCAUAAUGUUGCCAUUAUAGAGGUAAAAUGAUGAUGAAUUUGCAUGGCACACAGGAUGGGCCAAUGAGGAAUGUUCUUUGACGCGCCUUACUCAAAUGAAAUGUGCUUAAGGUCUAUUGGAAAACAAGAUAAAAUCAGCAAUUGUCUACUUUAAUCGUUGCCCAAGGCUGAAUAUGGCUUUGCCAACUUUUGUGGAAAAAAAGUCACAGUACCAUUCCAUCAAUGUAUCAUAUUGGUCUUUGAAUUGAACUUUAAAAAAGACUCUGAAUCUGACCACCACUUCUUAACUCAUCAAGACUGAAUACAUAAUCUUAUUAAGUUUACAUAUACAUGUAAUUCAUCAUUCUACUGCAUCGGUACCACAUUUUGGUAAAUUGAGUGUAUAAGUGGUGAUCACAUUUGUCAGUUUUUGCUCACAUACAUGUACAAGUAGUAAUCAUGCAUGCUAAUUUAUUUCUUUGGUGUUUGAUAUAAUUACAUGCAAGUACUUAAAAUGAAGACUCUGAAUGGUUUGUUAGACCUUUCCCAAUUGAGGGCUAGUUAUGCGUUCCAGUGUGGGACAUCCUUAGCAACACUCAUGGCCAUAGCCACCAGUUCAGAAUAGGCUUAAAGAGUAGUUUGCAGCCAUUUUGUACAAAUCAAGAAAUUUAGUCUAGUUGCUUUUUGUUAAAAUUAUAAUCAAUUUUCAUGGUUGCUGUUGUAUGAUAGGGAAGCAGUAUGAUAGAUCUGCAAGUUGAAAUAAAAUAUCUGUAAAUACAAUUGGAAUGAGACUUUUGUGUCUUUUUGUCGAGUGUUGGUGGGAAUAAAAGACCCUUGCUAAUGAUGUCACACGCUCGAACAGCACCCUCAAUGAUGUCAAAGGAAGACCUCGUUAACAUAUUAUUUGGUCCAAGGAAAAAACUAGGAAGAUUUUAUCCACUACGAGGGCCGACCUACAAAUCUACAUGUACAUACUUUUCAGCUGAAGGAUCGCUAAAUAAUUGCAUGUGGUUAGUGACAUGGAAUUAACAACAAAAUCAAGAUCAAAUAGUUGCAGAAGACAUUCAUUUUCAAUUCUAAAUACAUUAAUGUUUUAUUACCAAGUUGCUCAUUUGUUGCAAUUCUUUUAAGCAAUGACUAUCAUACAGCUGUCAUAAAAAUACACGGUUAGUUUUUAAUUUUUCAACAGGAAAUAAAUCUAAAUUUGUGUUGACCUACAGUCUACUGUGUAUUCAAAUGUGGGAACAAUUUAUGAGCAAUUUCUUGUCGUUUGUCCAAGAGUGAGCUUCGGAGAGCAAAGUAAACCAAAUUAGCAUAAUGCAUUCAAGAAUAUAGAAAAAGAACAGCAAAAUAAGAAUAAUUUGUUUGAUCAGCUCAGUAUUUUCGAUCUUGUAUGCUGAACACAUUUUGCGAAUUACAAACAAAAAUUGAAAAAAAAA